AGAGCUCAAUCAGUACUUCUCCAUCGCACCUGGUAGACUGCUGACUGCAAACACGUUCAGAAUAUUGCUCCCUUUUUUCUGUGCUACACACAAAUUGUUAAAUGGAGAACAAAACAAAAGAGGAUGAGACGUUUACAAAACCUCCACAGUGCUUCGUACCAGAUGAAAGUGAAACGGUGAAAAAUGUGAGGAUCUACCAUGUUCACUCACCUUUCAGCCCUCCACCCCCUUCCUCCUCCUUAACUCACUCACCUCUAGCAGUGUCCCCUGCUCCUACAUUUACUCCCAAGCUGAGGUUUGUGAACUAUGAAACACGGCUGUAUCGCUUGCCAGCUCUGACAAACUGCCCUGCCUGUAAGACACAGGUCACCACGCAGGUCACCUACCAAGUCGGGUGGCACGCGUGGUUCAUGUGUCUUGUGUUUGUGAUAUGCGGGUUGGUGCUUGGAUGCUGUCUGAUUCCCUUUUUUGUCAAAUAUUUCAAAGAUGCCUAUCACACUUGUCCUCGCUGUCAAAGGGUCCUCCAUAUACACAGGAGGACCUGCUGCGAAUAAACACACAAGAGUCCCUACCAAAAUGUUAAUCUGAUGGCUAAUGUGUUUUGUCUCUUAAACAGAAGUUCAAUUGCAAUAAAAUGUUUGUUUCAAUCAGUCAGGAUAACUUAAAAUGAAUAUAUUUGUUUAUGGAGAAGAAAUGUUGGUUCAUGUCAUGUAUAAAAGCGAGAUUUAUGCGUUUUAAUGUUUUGUAACAAUCCUAUUAAAUAAAUGUUUUCUGUGGCGAUCUA